AUGACUAUCAAGACCCAUGCAAAAUAUUCCCCAACUCAGUCUUUUGUAGACUCCUCGUUUUUCACAAAAUUGGCCGAGCUAAAACUAGAUAAGUUUAAAUUGGAUGCGUCAAGUCAGAAAAUAUGGGGUUUCCAACUACAAUCCCAAAACUUGAACAAAUUUAAUGAUACCCCAAUUGUUCACCUUGAUGAUCAGAGCUUUUCCAGUGAAACACCAAGUAAAGCAGACAGUUGGACAUUCAAAGGAGAAUUGAUCAAUGUCAACACUAUCGAGGAGUUCAAGGAUAAAAACAAACAGGUGCUUUUGAAGAGCUGGGGACAACAAAUACAGGAGAAAAUAACCAGCAAAAAGACAUUUGAUGUGGAAACAUUCAACUACUUUUAUGUGUGGAGUUACUCUGAUUUGAAAAAGUACAAGUUCUACUACUGGGUUGCGUUUCCCAUUUUGAACAGUGAAUGGAAUUUAGAAGGAGAGGAUAAAGUGGACAGAGAGACAUUAAAUUUGCUUCAACAGAAUGUCUCAUCUGCCAAAGGCCAAUUUUUUCAAAUCGACAAGGGUGAGUUGUUUGAUAAUGCUGAUACCCAGAAAUCACACACGUUUGUUUACUACGAUUCGUGUACUACCCUCGAACACAGGCCCUCAGUUCAGGUGAAGAAUUACUUGUACUAUCUUGGUCACCUUGGGUUUCAAAAGAUUGAUUUGAUCAUUUUCAAAAAGGAGCAUUCAUUCAAACAGACUCUAUCCUUUGUGUCUAUCCUGAAUCCACUAAAGGUAACAGGAUGGGAAAGAACAAGUCAAGGGAAAUUGAGUCCAAAGGUAGCCGAUUUGGGCCUGUUGAUUAACCCACUAGAGCUUGCUAACCAAGCUGUUGAGUUAAAUUUGAAAUUAAUGAAAUGGCGAAUCGCUCCUAAGCUUGACCUUGAUAUCAUAAAGAAACAAAAAGUAUUACUUCUUGGAGCAGGAACUUUAGGAAGUUACGUAGGAAGAACAUUGUUAGGCUGGGGGUUCAAAGAUUUGACAUUCGUUGAUAAUGGGAGGGUCUCAUACUCGAAUCCUGUCAGACAACUGCUUUUCAACUUUGAGGAUUGUUUUAGCGAUGAAGGGCAAGGGGAACUCAAGGCACAGAAAGCCGCCGACAAUUUGAAAAAAGUGUACCCCGGUGUUUUUACAGAAGGGGUAAGUUUGGAAGUGCCAAUGAUUGGCCAUCCUGUGACUGACGAGGAAAGACAAAAGGCAUCGUACGAGCUUCUAGAUGCUUUGAUAGAGCGGAGCGAUGUUGUCUUCUUAUUGAUGGACUCAAGAGAAUCAAGGUGGCUUCCAACUGUUAUGGGGUCUGCCAAAGACAAAAUUGUUAUCAAUGCAGCUUUGGGAUUUGACAGUUACUUGGUCAUGAGACAUGGAAGCAUUUUGCAACCAAAGGGAGACCGAUUAGGUUGUUACUUUUGUAAUGACGUAGUGGCACCAGAUGACAGUCUCAGUGAUCGAACACUAGAUCAAAUGUGCACAGUGACACGCCCAGGAGGCGCUUUGAUGGCAUCCUCAUUGGCUGUGGAGCUACUAGUGUCAAUCUUGCAGCAGCCAGAAAAACAAAAGGCAAAACAUAGCGACACAACAACUUUUGGGACUACUCCACAUCAAAUUAGAGGAUUCUUGCAAAACUUUUCACAAUCUACUUUGUAUGCGCCCAGUUAUGUGCAUUGCUCGGCUUGCUCUGAGAAUGUUAUAACGGAAUACAAUCAAAAUAAAUGGGACUUUGUAAAGCGGUGUUUAAACGAACCGAGCUAUUUGGAGGAUCUUUGUGGGUUGAAAAAGGUCCAAGAGGAGGCAGAGUUGGCAAUUGCCUCUAUGAACAUUCUGGAUAUUGAGGAUGCGGAAGACUUGGAAUGGUUAAACAUGAACCAGUUUACUCCACCACAAAUAAAUCGGCUACAGGAAGACCUGCAUUUUUUGGACUCGAAUCACAAGACGAGAAUGGAUUCUUCGUCUCCACUACCAGGCAUGUACCUUUAUUCACAAGAAGCCACAAUGAGUAAGCACCAACUGGAAAGAUCAUUCACUCCACAACCAAGUUAUGAUGCCGUAGAAUUGAAAAGCUUCGACUUAGAAGGGGCUGAUAUAGGUGGUGUGCAAUCUUCUUGUAUUACUGUGAAUAACCCAGUUGUACAGAAGAUACCUGCACCAUUGUUACUGGAGAUUGAUGAUAUAAAUAUUCAACAAGCAUUGAUUAUUAAAGAUCUAUUGUUUACACUUCUAGGGUUUGAGGGCCACUAUAUUCAACACAGCAAGAGCUACAAUCGAACUUCAGUAGGGUCAAGAAUUUCCGGGCCUGACUUCAAGAUUGCUAAAAAUUUGGAUGUCAGCUUGAAAACGGUCACCAAGAGGAUAAUACGAAUUGGGAAGCAUUAUAGUGGACUAAACGCAUUUAUUGAGGUUUAUGAUGAUGCUGUUUAUGGCAAAUUGGUUCAAGCAUUUUGUCACAGCAUAACCAUGUUCUUCAAGCAGUACGCUAAACUACUUCUUAGCUUAGAGCACGAGUACCAGUACAACACAAGAUUCAACAUAAACACACUCGAACAAGUUCUUCACCAAGAGACUGCCAACAAGAUGUCCCACAUGUACUCAAUUGCCAAGGAAAUCCACGAAUUGACUGACGAGAGACAAGAUCUACCUAGGGAACAGUCGAAAAGUGCAAACUUGCAUCGCCUAGAGACCGAUAUGUACACCGAGAAAAUGAAAGUUUGCAAAGGAGGACAUGUAUUGAAGAUAAUUCAAGAGAGGAUUGCAGCUUUUAAAGGUGACCCUGCUUCAUACAGCUUUCUAGCAGCACUCUAUGACGAGGUAAGUUUUGAGUAUGUGCUGAUGUUGAAUCAAUGGCUCACUGAUGGGUCAAUAGAGGAUCCCUUUGACGAGUUUAUGAUUAGAGUAGCAAAGAUACCAAAAGGGUUGCAGUCUUUUUUCCAAACAAAGAGUGAUUUUUAUUGGAAUGAAUUGUUUCUAAUUAAAGAGGAUGGUUUGCUUGAGCAAUUCUUUGAUACCAAGAUACAGAAUAAGAUUAUAAAUACCGGAAAGUUUCUAAGCAUGUUUAAAAUGUGUACCGAUUUGCAUGAUUUUCUGUGCUUGGGUGAGAGGCUAGAAGGUGUCAAGAGCCUCAAUGCACCAGACUUGGAGCUCAAGAUUGACAUGUUUUCUACCCGAGCCAAUAAAAUGCUCUUGAAGCUUUUGUUUGAAGGGUACAAAUUUCCAAAAUUGGUUGAAGCAUUUCAAACACUUUUCUUACUUGAUGAUUCAUUCAAGAUUGAUUCCUUCAUCGACUCGGCAUUUCAAGACUUGAGGCGAAAUAAAUAUAGAAUAUCUACCCAGAGAGUGCUGAGACAAUACUAUGAAAAUUUUCUUCCCAUGCUGGGGUUAGAAAUAGGGCACAACACAUCAUGUGCCAAGAUAGCGGAACAAAACCAACGAUUUACAAUCACAGUUGAAAACUUUUUCAAGUCCACUGAGGAGCUUAUGGCGAAAAGGGAUUCAGAUAUUUCAAGAUACGAUUUUCGGGAGUUAUUUCAAGAGCACAAUAGUAGCGGAGAACUAAGAAACGAGGUAGCUGAUACUUUACCGAAGGGACUGAACGAUCGAGUCGAUGAUAUAACAUUUUUGAGUGUCGAUUUGACAGUGCCUCUUGAAUUUCCUUUGAAUUUUGUCUUGAAUAGGCAGACAUCAUACCAAUAUGAAACUCUGUUCAAGUUCUUGUUCAUGCUUAAAUUUGUCACCAAACAAAUCGAAAACAAUUGGCAAGAUAUAAACACUUCUCGUAUAUGGACAGAGAAGUCGUUUCCCCAAAGAGUGCAGAAGUGGAUAUUGAGAUGCAGAAUGCUACACUCGCGUAUCCUAACAUUUGUCACCCACGUACAAUCGUAUGUCAUGUAUGAUGUGAUUGAAAGUAACUACAGCCAGGUGCACCAAACGUUGAAUGAAUAUGGACAACGCCUAGCUGCCGCAGAUUUGGGUACAGACAUCGUAGAUAGCGAUCAAGUACUCAAUACCAAACUCAUGAGCAACUAUGGAAUGAAUACAAUAUUUGACAAAAAGAUCAAUUCACGCAAGGCAGCAGCAACAACUAAUGAAACUUUAUCAGUUCAGGAUUUAAAAACUAAACUAGAGACCUUUACAACGGUAAUUCUUAGUGACACUUUGUUGACGAGGCCGGAGACCUUAUCAUGUAUGAGAGAAAUGUUCUACUUUAUCAUUCAGUUUCAGACUUAUACUAUUCAAAUGAAGAAAAUGUUGGUGUUUAUUCAUCCUGAGUUAUAUGAAACUUUCUCAAGGGAGUUUCCAGGCAAGUUUAACAAACCAAUGGAUGACGAGCUGGUGCAACAAAGACUUGAUUAUUUGGAUGAGAGUUUCUUUCUUCGGUACCAAAAAUUCGGAGAGCUUCUCGCAUACUUCCUCUCCACUAUCAAAAAGGUUGGAGAGAAGGAAAAUAGAAAACUACUAGAGUUGAGUGAUAGACUAGAGCUGUGUUUCCCUGAGUAA